CUAUCGAAAUCUGUCAUCUUAAGACAAAUGUUAUCGAUAGGAUAUGUAAUGCAUCAAAAUUUCAUUUUGUACAACUUAUUUCAAAGUUUCAUAAGUUUUCAAUAAUCGAUUCAAUCAAUUGCAAGAAGUCUUCCCCGAAUUCACAUUGAAAAUGCUAAGCAAACGUUUGGGUCAGCUGAAGACUAUGGCAGCGGUACAAAAUUUGGUCUCGCGGCGCCUAGCAGUUCAGACAGUUCCGACGCUGCGCCGUGCUUACAGUACAAAGAAAAUGCAGGAGCAGAUGCAGAUGCAGAUGCAGCCGCAACAGCAGCAGCAACAGGAGCAGCAGCAGCAGCAGGUGCAGCUGCCGCCGACACCAACGCUAACGCCAACGCCGGCGCCAUCGCCGCCACAGCAACAACAACCGCUACAGGCCCAGCAGCUUAAGCAGACGUCAAAGCAGAACCAGCAGCAGGAGCACGAAUCAUCGGAACAGCUGGAAGCAUUGCAAGAGCAGAAACUGUCGAAAGCUGAGGAGCCGAAGAUGGGGCCUGGCACGUCGGAAAUCGAUUGGCUUCUGCAGGAGCUGGCCUCAGUCAAGGUGGAGCACAACGAGCUGCUCGACAAGUACAAGCGGGCGUUGGCUGACGGCGAGAAUAUGCGCCGGCGACUCCACAAGCAGAUCGACGACGCUAAGAUCUUUGGCAUACAGGGCUUUUGCAAGGAUCUGAUCGAGGUGGCCGAUGUCUUGGGCCAUGCCACACAGGCGGUGCCCAAGGAGAAGCUGAAUGCAAACGCCGAUCUCAAGAGCCUGUACGAGGGACUCAAUCUGACACGUGCCUCGCUGCAGCAGGUGUUCAAGCGUCAUGGCCUCGAGAUUCUAGAUCCGAUCAAUCAGAAAUUUGACCCCAACCUGCACGAGGCUCUCUACCAGACGCAGGACAACACAGUCGACGCCAACACAGUGGUGCAAGUCACCAAAUUGGGCUACAAGCUGCACAAACGUUGCAUACGCCCCGCUCUGGUCGGCGUAUCGAAGCGCUAAGCCGCAAAUUAUCGUAUAUAU